GGGUCCAGCCACAGCCCAGGAUCCAGCAUGGCGAGGGACUUUCAGGACAUCCAGCAUCUGGGCUCUGAGGAGAACGACCACCAGUUUUGCAGAGGUGAGGGCCCAGGCACUCGCGGGCGCAGUCCCAGGAGAGAAGAUCCAUUCUGGAAAGGGACGCCUCCUCCCCAGCCCUUUGUCCUGCAGCGUCUCUGCUCCCAGCUCCGCCUCAGUCUGCUUGUCUUGGGCUUCAACAUCCUGCUGCUGGUGGCCGUCUGUGUGAUGGGGUCCCAAAGAGCACAGCUGCAAGUGGAGCUGCAGACUCUAAAGGAAACUUUCAGCAACUUCUCCUCGAGCACCUUGAUGGAGAUCCUGGCUCUAAGCUCCCAUGGAGGCAGCGCCGGUGACAAGGUGACAUCUCUGGAAGCCAAGCUGGAAAAACAGCAGCAAGACCUGAAAGCAGAUCAUGCCACUUUGCUGCUUCAUCUGAAGCACUUCCCGAUGGAUAUGCGCACGCUGGCUUGUCAGCUGGCGUUCCUCCAGAGCAACGGCACAGAGUGCUGCCCCGUGAACUGGGUGGACUAUGAAGGCAGCUGCUACUGGUUCUCUCGCUCAGGGAAGCCCUGGCCUGAGGCUGAGAAGUACUGCCAGCUGGAGGACGCCCACCUGGUGGUCAUCAACUCCAGAGAGGAACAGAAAUUCAUUGCACAACACACGAACCCCUUUCAAACCUGGAUAGGCCUCACUGACAGUGAUGGCUCCUGGAGAUGGGUGGAUGGUACAGACUAUAGGCACAACUAUAAGAACUGGGCUGCCACUCAGCCAGAUGACUGGCAGGGGCACGAGCUGGGGGGCAGCGAGGACUGUGCUGAGAUCCGGGGGGACGGCCGCUGGAACGACGAUUUCUGCCAGCAAGUGAAACGCUGGGUGUGUGAGAUAAAGCGGAACAUCACCAUCUAGGUGUCCUGACCUCCAGCAGACCUCUGACCUCCAGCAGACCUCUGACCUGCAUCCUGCCUGCCUCCAAGUCCUCCACUGGGCAUUUUGAAGAAAGGAAGAAGAGAGUCCUCAGAGGUGUGGGGAGGGGUUGAGGAGAGAUAGAAGGGGGUGGUUGAAGAAGCUCAGACCUUGGGGAGACUGAGAUCCCACCUCCUUCUGAAAGUCACUGUAAUUACUAUUAUAAUUUUUGGCCUCCUCAAUGGAUUAGGAAAAGGACAGAUACUUGAAA